AUGGACGCCCCGCGCUGCUGUCGAACGCAUCUCCUGGAGCUGCGCGCGCAGAGUUCGAGCGCGUUGUCCGCGGAGGAAGUCCUGGAGCUGGCGCAGCUGCAUGCGAACAGCGACGGCGAUGCCUGGAUGAUAUUGGUGGGUGGUGAGCAUGGUGGGCGCAUGAGGCCAGACUACGAAGGAACAAGACCAGGGCCGUACUUGGCAGGUCACUGUUCGCUCCACUGGAUAGGUCGAGUCUAUUCUCGCUUGGUUCGAUUCUUUGGGCGAGACAAGGUGAUUGUCAUAGCGCAGUUGCAAGAAACGUUGCAGUGGUUGAGAGAGGCCAGCAAGGAUGAGGAGUCAGCUCAGAGACUAGCAGGGCGUUCUGCAUUGCUUCCAAUGUUGCAGCAGCAGUUGUCAGAACUCCUAGAGUCAUGCGCUGACCUGAUAGCAGAUGGUGGGGCGCACUAUGACGGUCCUGAGGUGAAUCCUGCAACUGUCCUGGAAGUGCUCCGUGGAGAACGGCCCCGAAGUAUUUCUUCACGGGUGCGCAGUGUGCUGCUGCUGUUGGUCUCACAUGGCCAUGCGCAUCCUGCUGGGCCUGGCACUAGCCAUCAUGAGUGGUACAUGCACCUGCCAUAUCCUGUGCCUGAGAGCGACGCGACGCUUUAUGAUGUGGUUUCACAUCAGGGAUUUCAUGAGGUCGAUCCACAUCCCGAUUGGGAUUGGGGAGCGCCAAAGCAUCGAUGGAGGCUCUAUUCGCAGAUGUUGUUCCAGGCAUAUCACAGCAUGCUGGAGCAAUCACCUCAUCGGCGAUUGGUGAUCUUCCAUCAGUUCUGCUUAUCCGGAGGGGUGGUUGAGUUCAUGAGAAGGCCAAGUUACCGGACCUAUUUCGGGACCCAAUCCUGGCCGGUCUUCGCUGUGACCACGGCCGGCUCCUUCGAGCCAGCCUUGGGCACCUUCAUUGGCUUAUGGAGCGACGAGCUUCGAAAAGCCCUGGAAGCCGGUGGAAGCAAAAGCUUGGGAGAGGUCCAAGCACUUGCAGAAGCAAGAUAUUGGGCAGACAAUGCUGGAAUUAAGGUGCAAAACGAUCGCAUUUUGGCCGGCGAGUUGCCAACGGAAGCCUCUACCGUGGGCACCGUGGGCUGCGAAGCCGGCUUCGAUGGCCGGUCCCAGCAGCUGAUGAUGGCGCUGCCGGUGCGGGAGAUCGUGAACGAAACGAAUGAAACGAACGAAAUGAACACCGUGAAGCGCACCCCCAAACGAUCCUUGGGGGAGUAG